AUGCGCGGUUUACUUGAACUGUUUAUUGUUGUUGGAACAGGAAUAUGCUUAGUAGAAGGCGAUCAGCUCCUGCUUUUACAAGCGAUUUGGAGACAUGGUGAUAGAGCACCAAUCAAAAAAUGCUUGGGUGACCCUAUUAGUGAAAAAGAUUGGCCAAGAGGAUGGGGACAACUAACUGCAGAAGGAAUGGCGCAGCACGUAAAAUUGGGAAAAAUUAUCUAUAAUCGUUACGUCAAAGAGCUCAAAUUCUUGAGUCCAUUGUAUAAUGCUAAUGAGAUAUAUGUUCGUUCGACUGAUGUAAACAGAACUCUAUUAAGUGCAGUAUCAAAUUUUAUCGGGUUUUAUAACAAUCCAUAUGUAAAUGAACGUACUGGCAUUGACUUUCCAAAUAUUACAGAAUGGCCUCAAGGUUUUGUAGCAGUUCCAGUUCAUACUGUCAAAAAUGAGCAUGACUUUAUAGGUAAUCCUAGUGCAAAAUGUCCUAGACAAGAUUGGCUUCGAAAAAUGAUGUAUUUAACUACCGAAUGGAAGGAUUUAUCCAUGAAAUAUGAGAAUAUUUCAAAUGACUUUGAAAAAAUAUGCAAAGAAUCAGUAUCUCUUCAUGAUCUUUGGGGCCCUGUCGAUGCAUUUUAUUGCGAAAAAUUACAUGGAUUUCAAAUAGCAGUCAAUGAUGCCUUGUAUGAACAGUUGACACAAAUAAACAAUAAAGUCCAAAAUUUUGAAAAUGGAUUAGAUCUGAAACCAUAUGAUGGCAUUGAUUUUAAGCAUGAGAUUGGUAAAAUUCGAGGGGGUAGUGUUUUAUGGUCAAUGUUAAAUCAUUUUGAUCUAAAGUUACAUUGUUUGCAACCUAAAAAUAGAGGGACUGCGCAUUGCAAAUGGAUGGAAAAUCUCAACUACUAUGCUUAUUCAGCGCACGAUACGACAUUAGCAGCACUGAUGUGUACAUUAGAUGCCAAGUUUAAGAUUCUAAAUAGCAAUGAAUAUCCAAGAUAUUCGUCUUCAAUGUUGUUUGAAUUGUGGGAUACCAAGAAUGGACCAGCUUUGAAAGCAUAUUAUCAUCGAAAUUUCACGCAAACAGAAUUAGAAGACGUUACUUCCUUGCUUGAUCAUUGCGCAGAUAACAUGGACUCGGAUGGCUAUUGUAAUUAUCACAAAUUCCGCGCUAGUGGUAUUCCUUAUUAUCCAGGAGAUAAAGACAAGUUAUGUCAAGACACGACGUCGAAAAAAACAUAUUUCAAUCCAGAUGAACCACAACCGAAAUCUGCACCCAUGGUUUCAUAUGGACCAGUUGUUAUGCUUUUAGUAGCCUUACAGUUGUUAGUACCUCAAAUGAGAUUCUUUUCUUCUUAA